AUGACUUCCUCAAAAUCCACGUCAGUUCAAGUGGAGAUUAACAAAAAGAUCAGCAUCAAGUUCCCGUUCGAACCGUACGAAUGUCAGCGAAUUUUCAUGAGAAACGUAAUCGACGUGCUGGAUAGAGUGAGAAGCCGCGUUGAUUCAUCUCGUAGCCACGUCCCCUAUUCAGAAGCUCGACGCCGCAUUGGAAAGUCCGACCGGCACCGGAAAGACGCUUUCGUUGCUGUGCUCGACGCUCGAGUGGGUUCAGCGCGAGAAAGAGACGAAGCCGUUGGAUUUCGCCACGUGGCAAGCGUCAGGUGUCGGCGGUGGAGGGCCCGGAGCUGCGGACGGCGGACAGCUCAAGAGCUCGUUCAUUCCGACGAUCUACUACGCGUCGAGAACGCAUUCGCAGCUGGAGCAGGUGGUGCACGAGCUGAACAGGACCGAAUACAGAUGGUCGGAGUGGAUAUUUAAGUCUGGAAGUCAUUGUUUUAUUUUCAGGGUGACCACAACAAUAUUGGGCUCUCGUGAGCACUUUUGCAUCAACGAAAAAGUGAAAAAGAUCAAAGAGUCGAACCGGCAGGCGCACGUCUGCAGGGCGAUGGUCCGCAAGAGAACGUGCCAUCAGUACAAUAAAUACAACGGUGAGAAGAGGUUCAUUUCAUCUGGACAUCUUCCGAUUAGUACUUUUCAGUGUGCUCCAAAGAGAAGGCGAACGAAAUGUUGAACACUGGAACUGCAAUGGAUAUUGAGGACUUUGUGAAGGUCGGACAACAGAAUUCGUGAGCAAGACAUCAAAAACUGUUAUUUAUAAUCCGACCCGUCAUCUCCAGAAUCUGUCCCUAUUUCCUGUCGCGUCAACGUUCGGAAAGCGCUGAACUGAUCCUCCUCCCUUACAAUUAUAUCAUCGAUCCGAAGAUGAGAAGGCGCUACAAACUAGAUCUCAACAACUCGAUCGUCAUUUUCGACGAGGCGCACAAUCUGGAGUCGAUCUGCGAGUCGAACUCUUCCGCAGAGCUCACCUCAACCGCCAUCGCAAUGUGCAUCUCCGAGCUGCAGAAAGUGUUGGCUCUUUUGGUGGAGGACGAGGAGACCGCUCGGCAGGAGGCCGACGAGUCGCAGGGAUUCGGAACUGUCGAUCCAUCGCAAGUCAUCUCCGAGUACCUCCGGACAGAGCAUCUGAUGGCGGUGCUCGAGAAGAUGUUCUCAUUGGAGCAGCAGUUCGACGAGCUAUUCAAGUCGGAUCUUCUGAGGAGUGUGCCGCCGUUGGAAGGAAAAGCGAGUGACGGAGAGGUUCUGCUGAACGCUCUCGCAAAGGCGGGCAUCGACGGAUUGGCGGUGGAGAGGCUCACGUCGGUGCUCUCGGAGGCCACUUCCUACUUGAUGUCCAAGAACGAGGAAGUUUCAUUGGCGGAGAAGGGCGACGGAAUGGAAAGAGUCUCCGAUUUCAUAGUUUCCAUUUAUACGACGCACGCGCAGGAGGUCGCAGCUGCGGCCGGAGACGAACGAGUUCAGGUGAGAAGACAGGAUAAGCUCUAA